GCUUUAAAGUGAUUAAGUGUUAUUGUUAAGUUGUGUUCGAAAUGUUUCGAUUAUUUCCAGUGAUCGUUGCAUCCUGCUUCCAGUUGACAGCGCUUCCUGUGGAAAUGUGGUCUAAUAUUUUAAGAUUGUUAGAUCCACUGUCAUUAUUGGCAACUGCAAGAUCAGAUCCUAGAUUCAAGAGAUUCAAGAUUAUCCUAGGUGACAGCGUUAUAAGAAAUAAUCUUCGGAAUACUUUGGAUAUUGAAAGACGCCAGGCCGAAGAAAUUAUUCGGAAUCAUGCAAAAUCAAUAACUAUUUCCAGGGAGGAUGCUAAAAGGGUAUUUGCAGCUAACGCUUCCAAGAAGAUCGCCAAGAAAUCUGUCAAUCUAAGACAUAGUUGGGAGGUUCUCAAGAAAAAGCCCAUGAAAAUAGAAAAUAGGAAGAAAAACCAAUGUCUAUCGGCUGUUAAGAAGGUUUUUAACUGUAGAAUUUAAGUUUAGUUUGGAACGUGAGUAAACAAUUAAUUUUUGUAAUAAAUAUUUUUUAUAAAUAAUUAUAAUGAUAGUAAUAAAAU